AUGGUCUUCUGUUUAUUCUGCAGACCAUCUCAAGUCCAUCCGGAUCCCUCCGAUCAUCCGGAUCCCCUCAUUCUCCCACCACCCUCUCUCACUUUCGAAACUGUGAACGGAUGGUCAGUGUGCCUAUCUCAUCUCAUCGCUACAGAAGCAGGACAAGACGAAUUCGAGAAGUUCCUGCUCAACGAGCACUCGGAGGAUAAUCUCCUUUUUUGGAAAGAUGUGCAGGAGUUGAAAAAAGGUGAAGAGGAGAAAAAGGAUGUCAUGAAAAUUGAGGAACAAGUCAGCAUCAUCUUCGACGACUACAUUGCCCAAGGAGCCCCAAAAGAAGUCUCGAUCCGCGCUAAUACCGUAGCAAUUGUCAAGGAGAACAUGAAAAUCCCAAAUAAGGAGGUUUUUGACUUGGCUCAGCAGGAGAUCUUCGACUUGAUGAGCAGAGAUAGCUAUAUUCGUUAUAUCAGCAGUCCGAGCUAUCAAAAGCUGCUCGACUCAGUCACAACUACAGUACCGCUGCUCUCAGCUACAGCAGCUACAGCAGAAGAGCAGGUUGUGAAGUGCAAAACAAAUUAG